AUGCUCUACCUCGUUGGCGUAGGGCUCUCUUCCAUUGAGGAUAUUACGCUUAAGGGUUUACGGGUCGUUAAGGCAUGUGAUCAUGUGUACAUUGAUGCGUACACUUCAAUUCUUUCACACGGCAUCGAAGAGAUAGAAAAAUUGAUUGGAAGGUGCGUAAAUAAAGCAGAUCGAGAAUGCGUUGAACAAACAAACGUCUUAAUUGACUACGCGAAACAGAGCGACGUGGCCUUUUUGGUCGUUGGGGAUCCACUUGCUGCCACGACUCACUUGGACCUACUUACUAGGUGUCUUGAGUCAAAUGUCCCUGUCAAAGUGAUCCAUAACGCGUCUAUACUGAACGCCGCUGGUUGUUGUGGGCUUCAACUCUAUGAAUUCGGUGAGACAGUGUCAAUACCAUUUUGGAACGAACUGGGAAGGCCAGAGAGCUUCUUUGAUAAAAUAGAGCAUAACUACAUGCGCGGCCUACACACGCUCUGCCUUCUUGACAUUCAGGAGAAGUCCAUAGAAAACAUAUUGAGACGACGUGACGUCUUUGAGCCCCCCCGUUAUAUGGUCUGUCAGCAGGCUGCCGAGCAGUUGCUGCAGACCGCUUCUCGUCGCAGCGAAGCCUCAAAAGUCCCUCGUGUCGAAACUGCCAUGCACGCUAUUGUAACCCCACCGCCAAUCCUGACACCUGAGUGCUUAGUUAUUGGUCUUGCUAGAGUCGGCUCUGACAAUUGCGUCAUUACGCUCAGCACGCUUUAUGAGAUGGCUCGUCCAAAUGAUGCAGUGCCUACACCCAUUAGCCAACUUCUAAAUGGUCCACUGCACUCUCUUAUAAUCCCUGGUAGACUACAGCCUCUAGAAAUUGAAUGGCUUAUGGCUAGAGAGCGCUACUCAGGAAACCAUAAAGGUGAUGAUUUACCCCAUAUCCUCAUCUCCUUUGAGGGUGAACCCGCCACUCCAUUUGACGCAUUCUGUUCUGAGGAAAUCAAGAGGAGACGAAAGAUGAUUAUUGACUCAAUGUUUUCUUAUCAUUGCAAGCAUGCGAUUAAAUCUGUGGUACGUGGUAGCGACUAA